AUGGAUGCCGCAGAGAGCUACAGCUAUCCCGGCGAGAAACCGGACCUGAAAGACGCGUUUCGGCUCGUCAAGGUUCAGCCCGGGGAGCGUGGUGCCCCGAUCACCGUUCACCUCCUUACGUCUAGUCUGCACCGUUGCCCGCAAUAUGAAGCUCUCUCGUACGCAUGGGGGGAUUCUAAACAGACCGAGAUCAUCAAUGUCGUCGCUUUCGCGUCGCGUGGCAAUACCUCUUCGAUGACGCCCCUGUCUGUCACCCGCAGCUGCGCGGCUGCGUUGAGGCGCCUGCGACUCCCAACGAAGCAGCGGAUGUUAUGGAUUGACGCCAUCUGCAUCGAUCAGUCUGCUGUGCCAGAGAGAAACCAUCAGUCGGGUCUGAUGCCGCGGACAUACAGCAAGGCUUCAAGCGUGGUUGUAUAUCUGGGCGAGAGCAGUGAGGCCGAGAACAGCGACGACGCCAUGGACUGGCUAGGCGAAUCUCAAGAAUACUUGCUGGCUUCGGCUUUUCAAACUGUACCAGGAUCGAUUCCGUCGCUGCUGCGGUGGCCGUGGUUCGAGCGCACGUGGGUCUUGCAAGAGAUUCAGCGGGCAAGUAGAGCGACUGUUGUUUUCGGGACCAGAGAGGUCAGUUGGGAGGCAUUCGACGAGUUACGGUACAUGGUCGAUAAUGACUCCCGAGCCGAACCACCUCCGUACGCGGUGACCCAGGCGAACAAGGGCGAGAUGCGGCAGGAAACAUGGGUACCGCCCUAUCCUGUGCGUCUGCUGAACAUCUUGCAGAAAACGAGAUACCUCGAGGCCACCGAUGCAAGGGACAAGCUCUACGCAGUCCUUCCGCUGCUAGACCGGGAAGACAAGCGGCGAAACUGGACAGUCGAUGCUGGAAAGAGGAAACAUGCACUCUUUGCUAUUCCGAAGGGAGACUACAGCCGCUCGCCCGCCUAG